UAAAUUUGUUUUUCAAAAAUUGAAAAAUAAAACGAUCAAAAUUUCGCAGUUUAGUAGUUGUGGUGUACCAACAAAACCAAACAUAAUGGUGAACGCAAUAGAAAAUGUGUUCUACAGCUUAAGGAAUAUUAUCAUUAGAAUAACACUAGGCCCGAUAUCUUUCGUAUUUCUUGAACUUUCAAAAUUUGUGCUUGUGCUGGCGUUGGCCUUCUGGAUAACGGUUGGCAUUUUUAUGAUGUGGGAGAGCAUAAUGCCUGAAUCGGCAAGUCGGCUCGCCGCGGCUGCUGCCACUGUUGUCGCAAAUUCGAGUGGUCUUAUGCCCAGUGACGAAGGCAAGGCUAAAGAGUCGAGCAGUUAUCCCUUUGUUGUAGAUUUACCAAAGACUGAAUCGUCAUCUUUGGAGAAACAUGUUAUAGAAGAAACAUUGCUUCAAAAAGUGACGUCAGAAGCUAAAACUCCGAGUAUAGUGGCAACGGGACUUCCAGCUGUUAAGGGCAUUACAGAAGAGAUCAAAGAUGAAAUUAAGAAUGAAAUUAGCAGGGCUGAAGUUCCAGCCGUUAAGAGCGUUACACAGGAAACUAAAGAUGAAAUUAAAACUGAAGUCAGCAAGGCGGAAGUGGCGUCUGCCGAAGCUGCUGUCUCCAAACAACCUUCUACGGCAAUGGGAAGUGAAGCUGGUGACUCUGGUAAACUGGUUGAAUGAAGAAAAUGUUAAAUUACUUUUGAUCAGCACUCUGUAAUAAGAGAAACACGAAAACGUGAAAAUUUUUUAAUUUGUUUGGUUGGAUGGAAGUUUUGGUGAACUCUUUAAAAAGUUCGAUAAUAAAAGACUGGGAAUAUAUGUAUAAAGA